AUGGUUUGUGAUAAAUGUGAGAAAAAACUUGGCAAAGUUGUCACUCCUGACCCGUGGAAGAAAGGUGCCAGAAAUACAACAGACGAUGGUGGUCGACAGCUGAAUGAGAAUAAAGCCUUAACGAGCAAGAAAAGCAGAUUCAACCCGUAUCAGAAAUCUUUCGAGAAAUGUCGGAUAUGCAAAAGUACAGUACACCAACCUGGAAACCAUUAUUGCCAGGGUUGUGCCUACAAAAAAGGAAUUUGUGCAAUGUGUGGAGUGAAAGUUUUGGAGACUAAAGGAUAUAGGCAAACCUCUGUUUGA